AUGCCCCAUAACUUAACCGGAGAGAAUGGCUUCCCUUUCGCUCAGACACUCGUGUUUGCCAGUCCACCUGCUCCAGUUGAGAACGGCUUGAGUUUUGACGCGCCGAGCCCCAAGGACGCCUGUGACACACCGCUAAGCAACGGCACUUCGUAUUCCAGCGCCAGCAGCCCUUCGGACUCGUGCGCGAAGCCCCUGUGCAGCGCAGCCCCGGGAGAGAAAGCGCAGUACGACGAAGGGAUCAAAUAUGUGUCCACAGAGGAGGAGGAACUUGCGUGCGGGUGGGGGGCCUUCACGCCCGGGUGUCUGCAGUUCUUCAACACACCCAAGGGCAUCCUGUUUUUCCUCUGCGUGGCGUCCUUCUUGCAAGGAAUGACGGUGAACGGCUUCAUCAACACCGUCAUCACCUCCAUCGAGCGGCGCUUUGAUCUCCGCAGCUACCAGAGCGGGCUGAUCGCCAGCUCCUACGACAUCGCGGCCUGCAUCUGCCUCACCUUCGUCAGCUACUUUGGGGGCAAUGGCCACAAGCCGCGGUGGCUAGGCUGGGGCGUGCUGGUCAUGGGCCUCGGCUCCCUGCUCUUCGCCUUGCCCCACUUCACCACGGGCCGCUACAAGGUGCAUUUCUCGGAGGACGUUGGCCUGUGCUCCUCUAACCAGAGCCUGGCCUGCAUGGAGGCAGUCUCCAGCCUCACGAACUACAGGUUUGUCUUCAUGCUCGGGCAGUUCCUCCACGGCAUCGGAGCCACUCCGCUCUACACUCUUGGCGUGACCUAUCUGGAUGAAAAUGUCAAGACUAACUACUCCCCCGUGUACAUUGCUGUUUUCUACACUGCUGCAAUCCUUGGGCCUGCAGCGGGUUAUCUGGUAGGAGGAAUGUUUCUAAAUAUUUAUACUGAAAUUGGCAGAGAGAUCGACAUCACCCCAGAAAACACGCUCUGGGUGGGGGCAUGGUGGAUCGGCUUCCUUGGGGCAGGAGCAGCCUCCCUGCUCAUCUCCAUCCCCAUACUGGGUUACCCUCACCGCCUCCCAGGAUCCCAGCGCUAUAUCGUUAUGAGGGUGUCGGAGGCCCAUCAGCUGAAGGACGGGAGCCACAAAAAAGCAUCAGAUCCUGACUUUGGCAAAACAGUCAAAGAUCUGCCCCGGUCAGUGCUGCUGCUUCUAAAGAAUCCCACCUUCAUCUUCCUCUGCUUAGCGGGAGCCACCGAAGCCACCCUCAUUGCUGGCAUGUCCACAUUUGGACCCAAGUUCCUGGAGUCUCAGUUUAGCUUAAGUGCCUCUGAAGCUGCUACCUUUUUCGGUUAUCUUGUCGUGCCGGCUGGAGGGGGAGGCACAUUCCUGGGAGGAUUUCUUGUGAAUAAAUUUAAACUUCGCUGCUCAGGAAUCAUCAAAUUGUGUUUACUUUGCACAGUGUCGAGUCUGCUGGCUAUUUUCAUCUUUUUUAUUCACUGUCCUAACAUGCCUAUGGCAGGAGUAACCCAGAUGUAUGGGGGAAGCGCUUUGCCGGGAGGCCGCCUCAACCUGUCGGCGGCGUGCAACGCGGAGUGCGGCUGCCCGCGGGAGACCUACAGCCCCGUCUGCGGGAGCGAUGGCGUUAUGUAUUACUCUCCCUGCCACGCAGGAUGCAAAGCCUCCAGAAAGCUCAAGAGCGGCAAGAAGGUCUAUGGUGAGUGCAGCUGCGUUGCCGAGAGCCACCGCUCCAGCCCCGGCGAGGCUGAGCUGGGGAAAUGCACCUCCUCUUGUGCAAAGAGGCCCCUGCUCCUCCUCUUCAUGUUUGUCGUGAUCCUCUUCACCUUCCUAAGCAGUAUUCCCGCUCUGACAGCAACUCUGCGGUGUGUCUCCGACAGGCAAAGGUCGUUUGCGCUCGGGAUCCAGUGGAUUGUAGUACGAACUCUAGGAGGCAUUCCCGGCCCCAUCGCCUUUGGGUCGAUGAUUGAUAAAUCGUGCCUCCUUUGGCAGGACCAGUGCGGUGAACAAGGUUCUUGCUACGUUUACCAGAACUCAGCCAUGAGCCAGUACACCCUGAUUGCUGGACUCGUCUACAAGGUGCUGGGAACCGCCUUCUUUAUAGUCGCCUGUUUACUUUACAAACCGCCACCGGCAGAAUCCGCUCCGGGAAGCUCAGGCACGUCUGAAAAUGGCAACUGUGACCUCCAGAAAAGCAAACCUUCGCUCCAGACUGAAGAGGAUAUAUAGCACUAUAAACGUGCAAGUGACUGUAUCUUUUGGUCUCAAAAAUACUAUGACAAGACAUUAUUCAGAUCCUAGAAUUUUUUAAUUAAUAGUAAUAUUAAUGCUUUUUUAGCUCAAAAAGGGUAAUUUAAUU